GUCAGGAUGGCUAAAGGUAACCCCAAGAAACCAAAGGGCAAGAUGUCCGCUUAUGCCUUCUUUGUGCAGACGUGGAGAGAAGAACAUAAGAAGAAAAACCCAGAGGUCCCUGUCAACUUUGCGGAAUUUUCCAAGAAGUGGUCUGAGAGGUGGAAGACGAUGUCCGGGAAAGAGAAAUCUAAAUUUGAUGAAAUGGCAAAGGCAGAUAAAGUGUGCUAUGAUCGGGAAAUGAAGGAUUAUGGACCAGCUAAGGGAGGCAAGAAGAAGAAGGAUCCUAAUGCUCCCAAAAUGCCACAGUCUGGAUUCUUCCUCUUCUGUUCAGAAUUCUGCCUCAAGAUCAAAUCCACAAAGCCCGGCAUCUCUAUUGCAGAUGUGGCAAAAAAGCUAGGUGAGAUGUGGAAUAAUUUAAAUGACAGUGAAAAGCAGCCUUACAUCACUAAGGCGGCAAAGCUAAAGUAUGAGAAGGAUGUUGCUGACUAUAAGUUGAAAGGGAAGUUUGAUGGUGCAAAGGGUCCUGCUAAAGUUGCCCGGUAAAAGGUGGAAGAGGAAGAUGUAGAAGAGGAGGAGGAAGAAGAGGAGGAGGAGGAGGAGGAGGAUGAAUAAAGAAACUGUUUAUCUGUC